UUUUUCGUCAUUUGGUAACAAUGUUUUGCAAACUUUCACUAACUUACCUCUUCAUUUAUUUUUCUAGUAAUUUUUUAAGCAUUUCUGCUUUUAAAGGCGAUGAGUUUAGUUCGAUGUGUGAUCUGUUAACAAAAAAUGACGUCCCUUAUGAUACACUUUCACCUACGAAUGUGGAAACAAAACGUGCUAAACAUAUUCUCACGAAAUUCCCUCUGGUUAUACAGAAUGCUCUAUUAUCUCCAUUCAUAGUUCAGAAUUCUGGAUAUUACCUUGAAGUUAUUGGAAAUCCUGAGGUGCCUAAUACCGGUGCAGCAUAUGGCGGAGUAUUAUGUAAUGAAACAUUCCUUUUUUAUAGAGUGCGAUUUUACGUAAACCCAGAUCCAAAGGGUAGAAGUUUCCACACAGUUGAUGGAAAAGGAACACCAAUAACUGCAAGUCUGAUUUACUUCAACAAAAAAUAUGGCACAUACGAAGAAGCUCGAGAGCAUCGCGGUGGAUUGGUUGUUGCAGAUUUUCCCUUCGGUUUUACUAAAUAUCCCAAUCCCUUAUUUUUCCUCGUUCGAUUGGUGUUAAAAUAUAUUGUUCGAAAAGCAGGCACGCAGAUCCCCAUUCCAGGACUUCUCAUUUACGCGUUUUUCGAUAGAUUACCUUUUCUGUUCUCAUAUAACGCUAUGUUGGGAUCUUAUAAAGAUCUUGAUGAGAGUGGGACGGUAACACAAUAUCAAGGAGUGAUUAAUAUCUUGUCCAGGACAAUUUUUCCAAUCAGCGAAGCUCAAUUUUUAGAUUCGUUUGCAAUUAUGGAAAAUUCCAAAGGUGGAACGCUGAAUAGUACACAGGCACUUAAUCCAUUCAAUAACAGAGAACUUCUCAAAGUUCCUGGAAUUGUACAAUCCUUGACUUUGCUUUAAUCAAGUACUUACAAAAGAAAUGAUCAUGACGUAAUUAUUAACGAAUAAAGUACCAAUUCAAGUUCUGUU